AUGUAUCAAAGAAGAACAAGAGGAUUAAUUGAUCCAACUUUUAUAGUUGGGGUAAAUUCAUUUGUGGAGUUUGCUAAGGCUCACCCAAAUUGUCUUGAUGGUCAUUUGAUGAGAUGUCCUUGCAACCACAAGAAAUGCCAGAAUCGGAAUUUUUUAGAUGAAGAUACUAUUAAAGCACACAUUGCUAAGUAUGGAUUUGUGGAGAAUUAUGAAACAUGGAUCCAUCAUGGUGAAAGUGAUGACGGUGAUAUAUUUAGAGAACAUGUGGUGGGAGAGGUGUUCGAGCAAUAUGUUGGGGAUGAGAAUAUAUCUGCAUUUGAGACAAUGAUUCACGAUGCUGCAGGGCCAUCAUUUCAACCACAUGAUAUUCAAGAUAACCCGACCCCAGCAGUUCAACAUAUUUAUGAUAUGUUAAGAGCAGAACAACAAGAGUUAUGGCCAAAUAAUCCUAAUAGAAUAUCAAAGUUAUCUGUUGUUGCUCGCUUAAUGAAUUUGAAAGCAGAACAUCAUUUUUCUGAAAGAUUAUAUGAUGAUUUUUGUGAAUUGAUGAAAGAAUGUCUCCCGAGUAACAAUGUCAUAGUUGAUGGAUUUUAUGAAACGAAGCAGUUAGUUAGAGGUUUGGGGUUACCAGUUGAACAGAUUGAUUGUUGUAAAAGAUCUUGCAUGUUGUAUUGGGGUGAAGAUAGUGAAUUGAUCAGUUGCAAAUUAUGUGGUCAUGAUAGGUACAAGAGAGGUAGAACUGAUUCUGGUAGCCGAAAAACAAUGGUACCACAUAAGAAAAUGUUCUACUUCCCUUUGACACCUCGUCUUCAAAGGUUAUAUGGAUCUAAUGCUACUGCUAAACACAUGAGAUGGCAUUUUGAACAUGAAAUGGAAAAGGAUGGUGUAAUGCGGCAUUGCUCGGAUUCUCCUGCAUGGAAACACUUUAAUAACAUGUACCCAUCAUUUGCUUCAGAAUGUAGGAAUGCCAGAUUGGGUUUAUGUACAGAUGGGUUCCAACCAUUUGGGCAAUCUGGUCAACAAUACUCAUCAUGGCCAGUGAUAGUCACACCAUACAAUUUACCACCAUGGAUGUGCAUGAAAGACGAGUACAUGUUCCUUUCUAUAAUUGUUCCGGGUCCGUCAAAUCCAAAGGACAGAUUAGAUGUGUUUUUACAACCUUUGAUAGCUGAGCUAAAAGAUUUAUGGGAGAUUGGAGUGGAGACUUAUGAUGUCACGAGCAAACAGAAUUUCAGGAUGAGAGCUGCGUUGAUGUGGAUAAUUAGUGAUUUCCCAGCUUACUCAAUGUUGUCUGGUUGGAGUAUAGCGGGAAAACUAGCAUGCCCAUACUGCAUGGAUGAUUCAGAUGGUUGA